GUCCCGCUGUCUUGCAGGCGCGCCUCUGUGCUCUGCCGUAGAAUUAGUCACUAGCAUCCUUUGUACAGCGCACGCUGCUGCGUACACAGCCGCCGCGCGCUCCUGUGCACCGAAACCGACACGCGCCAGCCGCCGCGCGCGCGCCAGCCGCUGCGCCGUACGCCAGCCGCCGCGCUGCGCUCACGCCAGCCGCCGCGCCAUGCCGCGCCCACGGAGGAGAGCGCUCGUCCUACUACUAGCAACAACAAACGCCCUCGUGAUCCGACUAGAAGCCGGCGCCCGGGAGUGCUUCCUCCUCGACGUCUCCAAGGAGGCCGCUGUUUCUGGCAACUUCGAACUGAUUAGUGAAGGCGUCACCCCAGAACCGCUCGGCGUCGUCGUGAGCGGCGCGGCCGGUGCUGAUCCUCUGUACGAAACGCACGGCCAGCCCGACGGGACCUUCGCCUUCGAUGUGGCCGACGACGGCGUGGUCGAUCUCUGUUUAUCGAACGGCGACGCGUCGAAUAAUGAUGGGAGGGCGCGAACCGUCGGCUUCGCGAUCCGCGCGAGCGUACAUCACCCGUCCACAGAUGGAGAGGGCUCCAUGGACGCGUUACUGGAUGUCAGCGAAGAAUUGAACGAAGGGUUAUUGACGCUGACGGACCACCAGGCCUACAUGCGGCGGCGCGAGGAGCAUCAUGCUGCCGUGCUGGAGUCUACUCGAGCUCGCGUAUUGUGGUGGACCGUCGCGGAGACCGCCGUACUGAUCGCUUUGUCGCUGUGGCAGAUCCUGACGGUGCGCGCGUUCUUCGAGACGAAGCGGCGGCUCUAGUCAUAAGUUCCUCUGUAC